AUGUCAACAGAGGUUCCAGCAGCUCAGGCUAGAGCUUCCGCACGGACGGUCUCACCGACUCUCAACUCGUCCCAUUUCCACCGCUCGCCGUCGGUCCAGAUCUCGAAAUCGUCGGCAGGGGGCAGCAGUUGGUCCAACGCUCAAUCGAGCACGUCGUUCGCGCCGGGCGCGUCAAAUGGUCUACACAGUGACUCUGUGUCACCCACGACAACCACAAUCGAGACCUUUCCAGGUAGAGUGGCCGGAACAUCGGACGUCCAUCAGCAGCAGCACCAUGAACCGCACCAUCAGCCUCCUUCCGCAUCCGUGAACCACCCUCAUUCCUCCUCGCACGCGCAAUCGCACGCUCCACCCCACACGCGCUCCAAUCCGACCCCUGCCGAUCACGAACCGGCAUCGUCGUUUCAGAAAUGGGGCCAACGCAUCAACCAGGUGUGGUCCAAUGUCGCCGGUCAAAACGAACAGGAUGUCAAUGCGAGGCGCUUCUCCACCUCCACUUCUGCCAUGGCCUCCACCACGACCGCCCAUCUGCGUACACCGACCCUCGGUCGACCUCCGAUCGCGGACCAGCUCAAGCUGUCGUCGGCGCGUUCCCGGCGGUCAAUACCGCGAGAUCCUUCUUCGUCGCGUCACUGGAUAUUGUCGAGGACGUACGAUCGCAUCAAGCCCCUUCUCGCGACGUUGUACGUCACCGAUGCGGACGGCGAUUCCUCGGCGCCGUGGAUGUGGACCCCCUUCUUUACACCCGGCUCUGGCCACCCACUGGGGUUCAGUCGGCGACGGUCGAGCUUCGGCUCGGUCAGUCAUGUGCCACCUCUCAGUCGCUCAGGCUGGCUAAUCGUGGGUGUGCUCUUCCUGUUGGGACUUCGGGAGAUUGUCGGGCGCUCGUCCUUCUCUGGAGAUCGACGGAGAAACGUCAAAGUCUCGGGGCGGAGUCCUUAUAGCGUGAUUCAUGACCUCUCGCCCGCCGAGAGGAUUUCUUCCUACUUCGAUUCACCAUCAUCAUCGGCGACGCCGGCGAUUCUAGCUGGACAAGACCGCAUAUGGAAGCGAGAGUACAUAACGACUACGGAUGAUCGGUUCGACGACGCGACGGGCCCGCGAGGAGACACGACUGCGAUCGUGCUCCAUUGGAAACGUACCGAGAACGUCAUCGUCAUUGUCUCCCACCUCUGUCGCUAUAAAUUUUUCGACUCUAUUACCGUCUGGAACAACAACCCUGCAGUCCAGUUGCAGCGCUCCGAUUUCGACUCGGCCAAAUGUCCGCCCUCGAAAUUACGCAUCUACAACUCACCCCGGAACCAGCUCUUCGUCGCACGGUAUCUUGCUUGUGCGCAAGCCAGGACCGCAUACUGUUAUUUCCAGGACGAUGACUGGCUUGUCUGGCCACUCCGAGCACUCUAUUCGCAGUUCUCUCGAGAUCCCGAAGGCCCUGUCGUCGUUCACACGAACCCACAGGUCGCCUCCCUCUAUGCCCUCGAGUGGUGUUUCUACGCGGCGCCUCCCGUGAAAGGGAAUGACGACUUCAUGGACUCGAAACCGCCUGCUCAAAUUCAUACUUGCUUCGCGUGGAUGGGCACCGGAGCGUUCGUUUCCAAAUCACGAGUCAUCCACUACCUCGCGAAUCUGACGGACGUGGCUUAUCCGAGCGUCGAGCUGGCGCACGCCGACAACUCGUUCACGACGUUCUUGAAUCAACCUCCCUAUGUCCUCUCGAGCGAGUUGACUCAGUUACCGCAACCCUUCGGCCACUCGAAUGGCAAAGGCAUUGCGAGGAACAAGGCCUACAUCGUAGGUCCCCCGUGCCUGUCCUGAAGCCGUGGGCUAGCCUACUCAAACUCACAGUUCUCCUUUUCCGAAAUUUCGUACCUGUUAGCACCAAGGAAUUCAACACCUCUAUAAGUACCUCGAUAUUCCGACGACCCCAUCCAAGCCAGGCGAGAAGUUCAAGCUCCCUUCAAAGCCCCUCCUUCUCGACACUCACGCGCAUCACCACACCUCCCGAUCCUCGAAACUUCCACCGCACCCUUACACUCACCACGUCCGCUCGCCGUGCCAUACCGAUACCUGCAACUUCAUAACCAGUGUUGCUCUCCUCCCUCCACCCGACUCAGUCCCUUACCCUGGCCCGGAGAAGGUCGGUGAUCUCGAGACGUGGGAGAACCACCUCGGUUGGACGGCGAGGGGUUGGAUCGAAGGAAAUGAGCUGUUCAGGGAAGAGGAGACGUUUGCGAACAAGUGGGCAUAUGCGCAUGCUGUUGAUGGGAGGGACGAGACGGCUUUUAGGAGCCCUGAUGGUACAUCUCGUUAGGCCUGGAUAUCUGAAUAACCCGGGACGCUGAGCGUUUGUUAUGCUGCUCACAGUCAUUAAAAUGGACGAUUACGUCGGUUUGGCGUUGUUGACGCCUGCGGAACCGGCUUGGACACCGGCGUUGACUUUCGUCUUUGUGCUCGAGCAUUGGGCCGUCAUCUCGAAGUCGGUCGUCUUCGAGGUCUCCCUGGAUGGAUACAAAUGGGUGAGCGUCUCAAGUAGCCCCGGGAAGUCGCACGUAUGCUGACUGAAGUGCAUGCUGUGUCCAGUUUGAGCCCCUUUCACCACCCUCUGCCCCGUCAUGCCAAGGCAUCGCGACCCAAUCAUCCCUACCCGACCACUCCUUUCCCCCCUCAACCUACCUCUCCUCACGAGGCCAAGCGAUCCUCGAAGCCGAAGUAGCCCUCUUCAGCGGCAACAAAGUCAUGACCUGGUUCCACCGGCGUCGACGAAGGUCCGAACCGCUUAAACGGUGUCGGAUUAGGAUCGGGACCAAGUUUGAGCGGGGGAAUGCGGAAGAGGGGUGGAGGUUCGUGAGGAUGAGGAGUUUGGGGGAGUUGGAGAUUGGGUGGGGAGUGUAUGAGAUGGGUUUGGAAAAGUAAGAUUUGGAUGGGCAUCGUCCUUGGCUUACUACGCUGGCCCCCAAGAUCACGCCAUCGGAGGACGUUCGACAAGGUCAUCCGCCACAGCUCGUGGUGGUGCAACAUCUCGCUAUGA